ACACAUAAAAUGUGGUGUGUGUUACUUAUAAAUUGAUAGAAAGUAAGAUUUUUUUUUUCAAUUGUCCCAUGCGUACUAGGUAGUCUACUCUUUUUGAAAUGGAAAGCGAUGUAUUAGAUGCUCUUGAACAACUUGGAUACGAUGGACCUCUCCUUGACGAGAAGGCUUUGUCAAUGGCAUCGGAGGAAGGCAUGUCAUCUGCCGAGUAUGUCAACCUUUGUGUCUGGUUGAUGUCCCGAAUGAAACACACUCAAGAGAUAGAUGCGUCCCUGGUUUCAAGUGGAGAUGGCUGUCACCUCGAAAUUGGUGCUCUACUGAAGGAGAUGUCUUGCCCUUACCAAGGCAUCGUCUCUGAGUUGAUGGAAGGGAAGCUCAGCAAGAAGAAGGAUUGCCUAAAGCUCCUGCUGUAUUUGGCAUCUGAGCUGCAAGCAGCACAAAUAGUCCACAGCAAACCAGUCAAGCAUGUUGGUCAUGAAUCUAAAAACUCACCAGCCGGGGAUAUCCAAGCCAUCUGCAAAACACUGCAAAUGUCACAUCAAGACACACUUGAAAAUGUCUUUUCCAUAAUAGAAGAAAAGAUUAAAUCUUUACUGAAAGAUGUCCCAAAAGAUCACAUUGGAAAACCAGUAUUCAAACAUUCCUUCAGUAAUGAACAGUGGAUGAAGUUGGAAAAGAUCAAUGCGCUUCUUUCCUCUGAGUAUCAGUGUCGCCGCAGAAUGCUGAUUAAACGGCUUGAUGUCACUGUACAGUCAUUUGGCUGGUCUGACAGAGCAAAGGAAAGAGUUGACUGUAUGGCAAGAGUCUAUCAGCCAAAGAGACACUCCUUACAGCUGAAGUCAUCAAUAGAUGUAGCUCACCUUCUCGCUGCCAGAGAGGAUAUCUGCAAUGUGGUGAAGACCAGCAGUGGCUCGACUCGAGAAAACACGGCAUGUGCCGUCAACAAGGUCCUGAUGGGCAGAGUGCCGGACCGUGGUGGGCGUCCCUCUGAGAUUCAGGCCCCACCACCAGAGAUGCCUCCCUGGCAGAGGAGGCAAGAUGGGGGAGGAGGAAGAGGUGGGAGAGGUGGUGGCUAUGGAGGAUGGGGCGGAGGCCGUGGUGGUGGUGGUGGUGUGACCUUCUCAAUGGACAUCUAUGGGUUCCCCAACCUUAAUUACUGA